AAUCUUGAUGAUGAGGUGACCACGAAAAAUUUUUGCCCUUUUGUUCAAGAAAUGUAUAGGAAAGUUUCAAACUAUUCAUGGGCUUCACGUCUUCACCUUCGUCAAUUUCUUCUAAAUUUAAUGUUUUUUACAUUUUGAAAUAAGUUCAUGAGAUAGCCAUGUUCCUUCACUUAUAUCAGCCACCACCACCACCACCACCGCCACUACCACCGUCCUUUACAGCUAAAAAUUCUUUCCACCGCACAUUGUUAAUUUCUCUCCCUUUUGUUCACUCCAUUCUUUCCAGCUCUUCUAACUGAACCCUUAAUGGUUCCCACGAUCCAAAUAAUGAAAUUUGAAGACUUCCUGAUGCAACAAAGUGAUGAUAAGCAGAAAAGGCUCGAUCUCGAGAAUGAGGUGAAUAUAAACUUCAUUUUUGAGGUUGAGAGCUUGAGAGUAAAAUUAGAAGAAGAACAGACGAUGAACAAGGUCUUACACUCUGCACUGCAUGGUCCUGUCUCAUCACAGCCAUGCCUUGCCUUUUUGCUUCCACCACAGGUUCAAGGGAUUCUUACAGAACUAGCAAUGGUAGAGGAGGAGAUCAUAUGGCUAGAGAGAAAAGUUGAUGAGCUGAAACUAAACUUGUACCAAGAAAGGAAACAAACUGAGAAAUGGAAACUUCAAAGGAAGCAGCAGAGGAAACUCAGAAACCAGAAUCACUUACCACCAUGCAGACCAGGUAAUGCAUCGCUGCUUGAAGAUAACUGCAGUCACCUAUCAAGAUCACAGCAUUUCAAAGAGUUCAGGAAAUUCAGAAGAGCUUCAGUGGGUUCUGCAGAGGAAAUGUCUUGUGUGAUUUCAACAGGUUCCACUAGUGAUGAAAAAUCAAGAAGAGGAAGAAUGCAGAAGGAACAUCAUAUGUAUAAAGAAAUUUGUGAUGAGAAACCAAAUGAACUCUCAGAAGAAUUAAUCAAAUGCCUAAUAGGCAUAUUUCUUGAUCUAAAUCAGCCACCACAGGAUAGAGCAGAAUCAGCCAUUAUCCCGAAGCUUGGCCUUUCAUGCAUGAGUUCAAAAAUCUCAAAACCCUCGUUCAACAGUAAAUCAUCCAUGUUUCCUCUCAACCACAAUACAUCAAAUCUUGAUCCCUACUGCAUUAUUCCAGAUUUAGACAGCAAUAUCAGAGACAUUGGACCUUACAAGAACUUCAUCCACAUUGUUAGAAACUCGUUAGAUGUCUGUCGUUUUUCAGAAGGCUUGUCAUCCUCUGGAAAAAUGAGGGUUUUAAUUCAGAAAUUAGGCAAUGUUGACUUGACAUUCUUGACUUACAAGCAGAAGCUAGCAUUUUGGAUUAAUAUCUACAACGCCAGCAUAAUGCAUGCAUUUCUAGAGCAUGGGCUGCCUUCCUCUCAGGAGAAACUGUUGGCAAUCAUGAACAAGGCUGCCUUGAAUGUUGGUGGGAUAGUGCUGAAUGCCUUGGCCAUCGAGCAUUUUAUUCUCCGACAUCCAUGUGAAACAAAACAUGGCCCUCCAGAUGAGAAGGAAAUGCUACUACGACGUGCUUAUGGUCUUGGGUAUCCAGAAUCCAACAUCACCUUCGCUCUUUGCCGGGGCACCUGGUCCUCCCCAGCACUAAGGGUUUAUACCCCAGAAGAAGUGGUAAAUGAAUUGGAGAAAGCAAAAGUGGAGUAUCUGGAAGCUUCAGUUGGGGUUACAAGCAAGAGGAAGAUUAUGAUUCCCAAGCUUCUUCAAUGGUACAUGCAAGAUUUUGCAGACAACAUGGAAUCACUGUUGGAAUGGAUAUAUAGCCAGCUGCCACGCUCUGGGUCGCUCAAACGUUUGAUGAUGGAGUGCAUUAAUGGAGAGGUUAAAUCUCCUUCAACAAAAAUGGUGGAGAUUCAAGCUUAUGAAUCUGAGUUCCGCUAUCUGUUGCCAUUGUGAAAAAGCAAAAUAAAAACUUCUCCGUAACUUAUGGAAGAUCAUGUACAAAAAUUCUGUUAUAUGUAGAAUGAUACACUCGAUAAUAAUAAGGUAAGUUAAAAACGAGUUUUGCGUUAAUUGUCACUAUCAUGAAAGCAGCAUUAUUCACCUGCCAUUGAUGAUGUCAUCUUCCUGUUUUGGCUUAAGCACGUGAUAGCUCUCAGUCUAACAGAGGCAGUGCGCAGAGUUCCUGACUUGAAAUGAUAUUUCUACCCCUAUGUAAAAC